UAUUUGUUCUGGUACUCGGAACUCCGGGAGUCCGCUUAAGCAACUAGGGUUGUGACGAGGCCGGCGACAACUAUGGAUGUCAUAAAGACGCAGCAGAUCUCAUCACGGCCGAUCGAGAAGGUCAUUGUGCACCCUCUCGUUCUCUUGAGCAUCGUCGACAACUACAACAGGGUCGCCCGCGACCCCCGAAAGCGAGUUGUCGGUGUCCUUCUUGGUAGCUCCUCCAGGGCUGUCGUCGAUGUAUCCAACAGCUACGCUGUGCCUUUUGAAGAAGAUGAGACAGAUUCAAGCAUCUGGUUCCUGGAUCAUAAUUAUCAUGAGGCGAUGUUUUCUAUGUUCAAGAGAAUAAACGCAAAGGAACAUGUUGUUGGUUGGUAUAGCACAGGCCCAAAGCUGCGUGAGAAUGAUUUGGACGUUCAUGCUCUAUUUACCGAUUAUGUGCACAAUCCUGUCUUGGUCAUUAUUGAUGUCCAACCUAAAGAGUUGGGAAUACCUACCAAAGCUUACUAUGCUGUUGAAGAGGUUAAGGAGAAUGCCACCCAGAAAAGUCAGAAGGUUUUUGUGCACGUGCCUUCUGAAAUUGCUGCUCAUGAAGUCGAAGAAAUUGGAGUCGAACAUUUGUUGAGGGAUGUCAAAGAUACUACUGUUAGUACUCUUGCUACAGAGGUUACGAGUAAACUUGCAGCGUUAAAGGGCCUUGAUGCUAGGCUUCGUGAGAUAAGGGAUUAUUUGGAACUUGUAAUUGAAGGAAAGCUUCCAUUGAAUCAUGAAAUUCUUUACCAUUUGCAGGAUGUAUUUAAUCUCCUUCCUAACCUGAAUGUGAAUGAAUUGAUCAAGGCAUUUGUUGUGAAAACAAAUGAUAUGAUGCUGGUUAUUUACCUUUCUUCCCUUAUCCGAAGCGUCAUUGCACUACACAACCUUAUCAAUAAUAAAAUGUUAAACAAAGAACAUGAGAAAGCUGAAGAUGCGAAACCUGUUGCUGUAUCAAGUUCAGUAGGAAGCUAGGAUUUAUCUUUGGUAGAUAUCAUCGUAACGCAUUUUCAGCUGGCUAUAUUUUCAUUUGCGCAAAGUUUUCAGUAGUUCAACAUGAAGAGGCUUUUUCCGUCUUAACGUUGAUAUGCAGCCUAAAUCUUCAGUGAUGGACAAGAGAUGUUUAUCUUGGCAUUCAUUUUUUCAUAUCUUUCCUCCAGUAUUUCCUGACUUUCAUGUUUCAUUUACUUGUGUUCUUUCUUUUGAUUAUACAUUUACUCAAUACAUCUUUUUUAUAAUACAAGUAAUUAUCGAGGUGCCGAUGGGUCGUACGGUUGAUGCCUGGUUGUAUUUCUGAUCCGAAUAUUCUUGUUGAAAUGAAUGUCAUUUACCUCUGCAUA